AUGAACGCGUUCGUGAAGUAUAUAAAACAAGAAACGCACGUUGGGAUGCUUGGAUUGGAACAUGCGAAGCCAUCUGACUUUUACCUAAGCGCUUGGCAGACAACGCGGUCGCCCGUGCCACUUUUAAUUUGGCGGACUUUACUCUUCCUCACUUCGCUUAGCACAGUGAUAUCUUCGAUGACUUUUUAUGUAAUGAACGACAAAUUCGGUUACUGGUUCAUUUAUCUCACACAUUGGGGCCUCACGAUCAACACUCUGGCGACGGGUUUUGCAACUGCUGUUUCUGCACGUUGCUACUUCUACGGACCAAUUAGCGCUGAAUUCAAACUACCGUGGUAUGUCAAGGUUUCCUGGGUGCUCUACAACAUUGCCGUACCACUCGCAUUCCUGAUCACCAUUUUCUAUUGGUCUUUACUUUUUGAGGCUGGAAUUGAAGAAGAGUUAAACCACGCCUUGGAUGUGGCCAUCCACGGUAUCAACUCCUUGGUAAUGUUCAUGUUGAUGUCGAGCUCUUUGCUCCCAAGUCGCUUACUACACAUUUAUCAACCCUUAACCUUCUCCGUGGUUUAUGUCACCUUCGGGAUUAUAUACUACUUCGCUGGUGGGGUUGAACAAGAAGGAAACCCUUGGAUUUAUCCGGUAGUGAAUUGGGCCAACCCUGGACCCACUGUCGGGGUUGUGGCUUUAACUGGACUGCUACUGGUCAUAUUGCACUCAAUAACAGUGGCGUUUUCCGUUGGCCGAGACAAACUCUCUAAAAAGUUCCUUAAUGCCACAUCACCAAACGUACCUGAGGAGGUGCCUCUGCGGCAGCCUACACUAACUCCAACGGCAACAGUACAACUAAAUGACAGCUGAUUGAUUCAAAAAGAUAAAGAAACAAAACCAAUGUAGACGGCGAAAUGAGCUGUUAUUGAAAAACGAAUAUCGGUCACUGAGACCCACUUGAUAUUUGAAGUUAACACUUUUUCGCUCGAAAAUACAGUAGCGUUUUUAGCGUAUAUCUAUACUAAU